AUGUUGGCUCAAGAUUUUCCCGGUAGUUUUGAGACACCAGUUCCCAAUACUCUGAUCGAUUUGGUUCAUCGCAGGGUUGAUGUGCAGGUAUCAUACCCAACAGCAUGGAGAGGAAGAAGACAAGCUGCUAAUGAAGUGCGAGGAACUCCAGAAGAGAGCUUUUCUUUAUUACACAGUUACAUGUACAUGCUCGAAAAGACGAAUCCUGACACUGUAACUCGUGUGGUAGUGGAUGAGGCCAACAAAUUUAAGUAUCUGUUUUUUGCCUUGGGAGCUAGCAUAGAAGAGUUCAGCGCGAUGAGGAAAGUCCUCAUUGUGGAUGCAACACACCUCAAGAAUAUUUAUGGUGGAGUUCUACUUGUUGCGGCUGCUCAAGAUCCUGAUCAUCACACCUACCCAAUUGCUUUCGGUGUCGCAGAUGGUGAAAAAAAUGAUAGCUGGAUGUGGUUUAUGGAACAGUUGAAAUCUGUGAUAGGAGAUGUCCCAAGAUUGGUAUUUCUUUCAGAUAGAAACAAAAGCUUGAUCAAUGCAGUAGGUGUAGUGUUCCCUCAGGCCGCUCAUGGGUAUUGUAUAUGGCAUUUGUCUCAAAUUGUUAAAGGCCACGUCCGUAACGACAGAGACACUUGUGCAUUUAAGUUUAUGGAGUGCGCACACGCUUAUACUGUAGCUGAGUUCUUGAACCUUUAUGAUGCUUUUCGCAGAAGGUAUCCUUCUGCAGCGGAGUAUCUUGACAAAAAUGUUGAAGAGGGGAAAUUGGCUAGAUGUUACUUUGAAGGAGAUAGGUACAACGUUGACACCACCAAUUCAGUGGAAUCUUUUAAUGGUGUAACUAAGGAAGCAAGAAAGUUCACCUUGAUACCAAUGUUUGAUGUGAUCAUUGCAAAAAUGGCUGAAUGGUUUAACAAACAUAGGAAAGAGGCAGCUGAGAUACCACCUACACUAAAGCUUGUGCCUAUUGUGGAAACGAAAAUGUCCAAAAGAUAUGUUGAUGGAGGGUUUCUUGAGGUUGAUGAGUUAAACAGUUUCCAUCUUGAGUACAGUGUAAAAGGUAGUGAUGGGAAGGUUUAUACCGUUGAUAUGGCUAUGCUGACUUGCAGCUGUGAGCAAUUGGAUAAAGACAAAUACCCAUGUGUUCAUGCUGUAGCUGCCUCCACAUUCAUGACUGAUAAAGCAGGAAGGGAACUCCAUCUAUCUGAGUAUUGUGCUAAGUAUUAUUGGGUUGAGCUAUGGGCUUUGGCUUAUCACAUGACAAUAUAUCUUGUUCCUCAUAUGUCUGAUUGGGUUAUACCAGAAGAAGUUAGAGCACUGAAAGUACUUCCUUCGGAUUAUGAUGUCAAGAAAGGAAAACUACAACAAACAAGGUUUCCAUCAGCAGGAGAAUCUCGUGGAAGAGGAAAAAGAGGCAGAGGGAGCGGCAGAGGGAGAGCCAGAGGCACGGGCAGAGCCAGAGGAAAAGGUAUGGCGACAUAUUUUGAAUGUGGAAGUGCUUCGGGUUCAGGUGUUUGA